UUGUCCUCAGAUGCGGAUGUGCUGGCUGAUGCACGCAAGAUUGUGAAUGAUGAGAGCUAUAUCCCUGAGGAUCCUCGAGAAUUUUGCAAGCGUAUCUUUACCACCUGCUAUAUGGCUAGUGAGAACUCCUCCCAGGAUACUUGCAACAGAGCGAAACUUCUGGCUGAGCAAAUAGGCAGCUAUCACAUCAAUCUGAACAUAGAUGCGGCUGUGAAAGCGAUUGUGGGGAUUUUCAGCAUGGUGACAGGCCGAACUCCCUGUUUUUCCGUCUACGGAGGGAGCAGCAGAGAAAACCUGGCACUCCAGAAUGUGCAGGCUAGAAUAAGAAUGGUCCUGGCCUACCUCUUUGCUCAGCUGACACUCUGGACUCGCGGGAUGCCAGGGGGACUUCUGGUGCUAGGGUCAGCCAAUGUGGAUGAAAGUCUCCGAGGUUACCUGACGAAGUAUGAUUGCUCGAGUGCUGAUAUCAAUCCCAUUGGUGGAAUCAGCAAGACUGAUUUGAAGAACUUCAUACAAUAUUGCAUUGAAAAUUUUCAGCUCACGGCCCUCAGGAGUAUCAUGUCAGCUCCACCUACUGCGGAGUUAGAGCCCCUGAUAGAUGGACAAGUGGCUCAAACUGAUGAGGCAGAUAUGGGGAUGACAUAUGCAGAGCUCUCAAUCUUUGGCAAAUUAAGGAAAGUUGCAAAGGCUGGACCAUACAGUAUGUUCUGUAAGCUGAUCAGUAUGUGGAAGGAAAUCUGUACUCCAAGAGAGGUGGCAUCGAAGGUUAAGCAUUUCUUCAGGAUGUAUUCUGUGAACAGACAUAAAAUGACCACCCUCACUCCUUCCUACCAUGCUGAAAACUACAGUCCAGAUGACAACCGCUUUGACCUGAGGCCUUUCCUUUAUAACACCUCGUGGUCCUGGCAAUUCAGGUGCAUAGAUAAACAGGUAUCCAAGCUAGAAAAAAAGGAAGGAAUGUCUCUAGUUGAAGACGUGGACUGAUUUGCUGUCUUGUUUAACUGUGGUAAUUAAUUUGUUAAGCAGAAUGUUCAAAACUGGAAUACACUGUGAUGAUGAGCAGAGGUGACCCAAACAAUUG